UGGACCCAGCAGGAGGCCUGUGGCGCCUGGGGCCACAGACCACAGGGGACAAGGGCCAAACGCGGCCUCGGCCAUGGCUCGGGGCCAUUGAUCCAGCUCUGGCCUGCCGGUGGGGGCGGGGAGACCUUGGCCUGGACAAGCAGAGGCUCCUGUGGCCUGUGAGCAGGCCGGGCACCCACCUGCCACACCCGAAGGAUGCCUGCGUCCGAGGCCCCCCAGGCGGCCGGCGGGCAGGGUGAUGGAGGUGAUGGCGAGGAGGCGGAGCCAGAGCCGGAGGGGAUGUUCAGGACCCCUGCGGAGGCCAAGAGAAAAGCCCGGGACCACCUCCGCUUGGCGCCCCUGUGGCUCACCCUGGUGGCGCUGGCCGCAGCCGGAGUGAUGCUCUGGUACUUCCUAGGGUACAGGGCGGAGGUGACCAUCAGCCAGGUGUACGUGGGUAGCCUGCGGGUGCUCAACCGCCACUUCUCCCAGGACCUCGCCCGCAGGGAGUCCAGCGCCUUCCGCAGCGAAACCGCCAAAGCCCAGAACAUGCUCAAGGCGCUCAUCACCAGCACGCGGCUAGGCGCCUACUACAACUCCAGCUCUGUCUACUCCUUUGGGGAGGGACCCCUCACCUGCUUCUUCUGGUUCAUUCUGCAAAUCCCGGAGCGCCGCCGGCCCACGCUGAGCCCCGAGGUGGUGCGGGCACUGCUGGUGGAGGAGCUGCUGUCGGCGGCCAAUGACUCGGCGCCCCCUCCCUACAGGGCGGAGUACGAGGUGGACCCCGAGGGGCUGGUGAUCCUGGAGGCCAGUGUGAAAGACGUAGUAGCGCUGAAUUCCACGCUGGGCUGUUACCGCUACAGCUACGUGGGCCGGGGCCAGGCUCUCCGGCUGAAGGGGCCCGACCAGCUGGCCUCUGGCUGCCUGUGGCACCUGCAGGGCCCCGAGGAUCUCAUGCUGAAACUUCGGCUCGAGUGGACGCGGGCCGACUGCCGAGACCGGCUGGCCAUGUACGACGCGCCCGGGCCCCUGGAGAGGAGGCUCAUCACCUCGGUCUACGGCUGCAGCCGCCAGGAGCCCGUGGUGGAGGUGCUGGCCUCGGGCGCCGUCAUGAGCGUGGUCUGGAAGAAGGGGCUGCACAGCUACUACGACCCCUUCGUGCUCUCCGUGCAGCCCGUGGCCUUCCAGGACUGCCAGUUCAACCUGACGCUCGAGGGCCGGCUGGACCUGCAGGGCGUCCUGAGCACCCCGUACUUCCCCAGCUACUACUCCCCCAGCACCCACUGCUCCUGGCACUUCACGGUGCCCUCUCUGGACUAUGGCUUGGCCCUCUGGUUCGACGCCUACGCCCUGCGGAGGAAGAAAUACGACCUGCCAUGCAGCCAGGGCCAGUGGACGAUCCAGAACAGGAGGCUGUGUGGCCUGCGCACCCUGCAGCCCUACGCCGAGAGGAUCCCCGUGGUGGCCUCGGCCGGUGUCACCAUCAACUUCACCUCCCAGAUCUCCCUCACGGGGCCCGGCGUGCAGGUGCACUACAGCUUGUACAACCAGUCGGACCCCUGCCCGGGAGAGUUCCUCUGCUCUGUGAAUGGGCUCUGUGUCCCCGCCUGUGACGGCAUCAAGGACUGUCCCAAUGGCCUGGACGAGAGGAACUGCGUUUGCCGAGCCACGUUCCAGUGUCGGGAGGACAGCACGUGCAUCUCCCUGUCCCGGGUGUGUGACCGGCAGCCCGACUGUCUCAACAGCAGCGACGAAGAGGGGUGCCAGGAAGGGGUGCCCUGUGGGACGUUCACCUUCCAGUGUGAGGACCGCAGCUGCGUGAAGAGGCCCAACCCGCAGUGUGACGGGCGGCCGGACUGCAGGGACGGCUCGGACGAGCGGCACUGCGACUGUGGCCUCCAGGGCCCCUCGAGCCGCAUCGUGGGUGGAGCCGUGUCCUCCGAGGGGGAGUGGCCGUGGCAGGCCAGCCUCCAGGUUCGGGGGCGCCACAUCUGCGGGGGCGCCCUCAUCGCCGACCGCUGGGUGAUCACCGCGGCCCACUGCUUCCAGGAGGAGAGCAUGGCCUCGCCCGCUCUGUGGACCGUGUUCCUGGGCAAGGUGUGGCAGAACUCGCGCUGGCCAGGCGAGGUCUCCUUCAAGGUGAGCCGUCUGCUGCUGCACCCGUACCACGAGGAGGACAGCCACGACUACGACGUGGCCCUGCUGCAGCUCGACCACCCGGUGGUGCGCUCGGCCGCCGUGCACCCUGUCUGCCUGCCCGCGCGCUCCCAUGUCUUCCAGCCGGGCCUGCACUGCUGGAUCACGGGCUGGGGCGCCCUGCGCGAGGGCGGCCCCACCAGCAAUGCCCUGCAGAAGGUGGACGUGCAGCUGGUCGCGCAGGACCUGUGCAGCGAGGCCUAUCGCUACCAGGUGACCCCGCGCAUGCUGUGUGCCGGCUACCCCAAGGGCAAGAAGGACGCCUGCCAGGGGGACUCCGGGGGCCCGCUGGUGUGCAAGGAGCCCAGUGGCCGCUGGUUCCUGGCGGGACUUGUCAGCUGGGGCCUGGGCUGCGGCCGGCCCAAUUAUUUCGGCGUCUACACUCGCAUCACAGGUGUGAUCGGCUGGAUCCAGCAGGUGCUGACCUGAGGUGCUGCCCCCUGCAGAUCUGGGGCCAAUCUCCAGGACUCGGAGAGCCCAGGGCACCACCCUGCAGGGGAACAAGUGGCCCUUGGAGGCAGGAGGUGGCACCCCGCCCUCCACCCUGCUGCAGGAGGGCCAUUGGCUGGUGGUCAAGACAUCCCCCGAGGCGGGGCGGGGGGCUCACAUUCAGUCCCUCUGCUUCCCUGCGCGUGCCCCCUGGGGGAGGAGUGCUGUAGCCAGCAGGGGAGUCUAAGGCCUCCCCUCCGGGGCAGCAUGGGUUCCCCGAGAAGACCCCCCCCGCCCGAGGAGCCCCCAGUCGCACCGGAGGACUGGGAGGGUCUAGUAAGGCCACCUUCAGCCCUGGGGACCGCCGAGCGGCCCCGCUGCCUCUGUAAGCCAAAGGGUGGGAAGCCCGCCCAUGCCUGCGGCCUCGGGGCCUCCUGCCGCCCCCUGGCGGCCGGCCCAGCUGCUGUGGAAUAAAGGCUCUGACCCACA